CCACUUACUUUAGUGGCCCUGCCUGGCAGCCUGCUUACCUUUCUCGUGAGGGUCUUUAAUAUCAGAAAAGAUUGAAUAAGAGUUUUAAGAAGAGCGGGAACAUAUAUUCACCGAGCCUUGUAACUGUGACUGAGACAGUCCAGGGGAAGACAGGAGUCUGGAAUGCAGCCCUGGUACCUGAGCAUCAGGAUCCUCCUGCUCUCCUUCCUGCUUUACUGGCCAGCCUCAGGACAAUUUGAUGUGAGAGGACCACAAUUACCAGUCAUUGCCUUGGUUGGAGAAAAGGCUUUUCUGCCUUGUUACCUCAGCUCAUCCAUGGAUGCUAGCAGCAUGAAUAUAACAUGGUAUCGUAUUGGUCGGUCAGGCUUUGUGUAUGCUCUUAGGAAUGGUGAGGAUUACACAGAGGGGCAGGCACCGGAGUACCGAAAGAGGACAGAGUUGCUGGUGGAGAAUAUCACCAAUGGACAUGUGCUUCUGAAGAUCGAUUCCAUCCAUCCUUCAGAUGGAGGGAUUUACACAUGCUACUUUGUAAGCUCCACAUACUUUGAAGGAGCCAGGGUUACACUGCUUGUUAAAAAUGCCUUAGACUUGAGCCUCAGUUCCUGGACAGUGAGACUGGCUAUAUUUAUGAUUUUCCUUGAUAUCUUCUUGAUGACCACCUGUAUUUUCUAUGCUUGCAGUAAUCUAGCCAAAGGCUUAAAGUCAUUGAUAUUCCUCCUUUCUUCACAGAAGAUGAACACAAUGCUCAUCCGCACCUUGUUAUAUGGUGAUAUGAAAUAUGUGAAAUUCAUGCCAGCAAAGAAGGAAGUUCCUGACCAUAUUGAGCAAUUUCCAUUUCAGCUGAACUGGGUCAGAGCAAAAUCCUCCAGUGUUGUGGGCUUCUAUAGGCUAAAGAUCAAACGCUACUUAUUGCUUUGCCAAAAGGAAUACUUAGAACUCAAUACCAUAUGGGAUGACAUUGAUUUCACUAAAAUUCGGUCCUACCAAUUGCAUAUUUCAGUGGCUCAAAUGAAGCAUAAGAAUUCCAGCACCAUCACUGAGCUAAUCCUGGUGGGAUUUUCCAACUAUCCCCAGUCUGAGAUUCCCCUCUUCUUCUUGUUCAUUCUGGUCUACUUGGCAAAUUGCUUAGGAAAUACAGCUGUCUUCGCACUGGUGCUUCUAAAUACCUCUCUUCAGACCCCCAUGUAUUUCUUCCUCUGCCAUCUGGCUUUCCUCAAUGUCUCUUUUAGCACGGUGGUAGUGCCAAAGAUGCUCUUCAAUUUUCUUGCAAGCAGGAAAGUUGUAUCUUACACAUUCUGCCUUGUUCAGACUUAUCUCACCUUAUUCCUGGAGUCAGCUGAGUGCUUUCUCCUGGCAGUGAUGGCCUUGGAUCGCUAUGUGGCCAUCUGCUACCCACUCAGAUACCUGAUUCUCAUGAACUGGUUUGUGUGUGUGUCACUGGCUUCCGGGGCCUGGAUCAUAGGGUUUUUUUCUUCUGUGGUUCCUCUCUACUUCACCAUCCUCCCGUUGUGUGGACCUUACACUGUUGACUAUAUUUUCUGUGAGUUGCCCAUACUUCUGCAUAUGUUCUGUGGAGACACGUCCCUGCUGGAAGCCAUGAUGGCCAUAGGAGGGGCUGGCACAGUGCUGGUGCCGUUCACCUUCAUUAUUCUCUCCUAUGUUCGAAUCUUGGUGGCCGUGAUGAGAACAGACUCAAGAGAGGGUAGGAAAAAAGCCUUUUCAACGUGUGCGUCCCACCUCACGGUGGUGACAAUCUAUUACGGAACUGGCUUGAUUCGGUACCUGAGGCCCAAGUCACUCUACUCAGCAGAGGGAGACAAACUGAUCUGUGUGUUCUAUGCAGUUAUCAACCCUAUGCUGAAUCCUUUCAUUUACAGCCUGAGGAAUAAGGAAGUGAAGGGAGCCAUCGCAAGAAUCCUAGAGAGAAGCGAUCGAAUCACAUGCUGCUGUGAGGUUCCUCCCGUCUGUGCCAGACCCGGAGCAGAGAUAGUGCAGGCGCUGGGUAGCAGCGCUGCUGUCAGCGGGUCCUGGCCUCGGUCUCCGCGGGCCAUGGCCUCUGGCGCGCCGGGGGAGCGGCUGCGGGAGGAGGCCAGGUGCUCUGUGUGCCUGGAUUUCCUGCAGGACCCGAUCAGCGUGGACUGCGGUCACAGCUUCUGCCUCAGGUGCAUCUCCGAGUUCUGCGAGAAGUCCGAGAGCGCACAGGGGGGCGUCUACGCCUGUCCGCAGUGCCGGAGCCCCUUUAAGCCCUCGAGUUUCCGACCCAACCGGCAGCUGGCCAGCCUGGUGGACAGCGUGCGGCAGCUGGGACUCGGCCUGGGCGCCGGGGCCUCCAGGGCGCGCCAGUGUCCCUGGCACCGCGAGGACCUCAGCCGCUUCUGCGAGGAGGACCAGGUGGCGCUGUGCUGGGUCUGCGACACCACCCCGGAGCACCGGGGCCACAGCACCAUGCCGCUGCAGGAAGCCGCCAGGUGCUACCAGGUAAAGCUCGAAAUAGCUCUGGAACAUGUAAGAAAAGAGAUGGAAGAAGCAUUGACUCAGGAGGUCAAUGUGGGGAAGAAGACUGUCAUUUGGAAGGAGAAAGUGGAAUCGCAGAGGCAGCGCUUCAGGUUGGAGUUUGAGAAGCACCGCGGCUUUCUAGCCCAGGAGGAGCAAUUGCAGCUGAGGCGGCUGGAGGAGGAGGAGCGGGCUACCCUGCAGAAACUGCGGGACAGUAAGAGUCAGCUGGUCCAGCAGAACAAGGUCCUGAAAGAGCUGGUGGAGGAACUGGAACAACGAUGCCAGCGGCCAGCCCUGAGUCUACUGGAGGGUGUAAGAGACACUUUGAGCAGAAGUUCAGCUGUCAUUCGGCUGGAACCAGAGACCAUUUCCAUGGAGCUAAAGACAGUGUGUUGCAUUCCUGGGAUGAGGGAAAUGCUGAGAAAAUUCCAAGUUGAUGUGAAGCUGGACCCUUCCACGGCGCAUCCCAGCCUCCUCCUGACCACAGACCUGCGCAGUGUGCGGGAUGGAGAGCUGUGGAGAGAUGUCCCCAGCAAUCCUGAGCGAUUUGAUACGUGGCCGUGUGUCCUGGGCCUGCAGACUUUCUCAUCCGGGAGACACUACUGGGAAGUUGUGGUGGGAGAAAGAGCAGAGUGGGGGUUGGGAGUCUGCCAAGACACAGUGCCCAGGAAGGGGGAAAGCACACCGUCCCCAGAGCAUGGCGUCUGGGCCGUAUGGCUGCUGAAAGGGAACGAGUACAUGGUUCUUGCCUCCCCCUCCGUGCCUCUUCUCCAACUGGAGCGGCCUCGCUGUGUAGGCAUCUUCCUAGACUAUGAAGCCGGGGAGAUCUCCUUUUACAACGUCACAGAUGGAUCUCACAUCUACACAUUCAACCAAGUGUUCUCCGGUGUUCUCCGGCCCUAUUUUUUCAUCUGUGACAUGGCUCCUCUGUUUCUGCCACCGAUGACUGAAGGAGAGGCUGGAGAUUGGGCAUCCAGGGGUUUUCUUGGCCUUGCCUCUAGUGUUGGAGAUGCACUGCCCUGAAGUUGCGUUCUCAAGAUGUCCUGCUACCCUGACAAACACCUUGGAGUGGAGCACAGCCUAUGAAGACUGAACAAAUGCCACAUUGGGACAGCACUUUAUUUGUCAUUGUGGUGGAGGUUAUCUCAUGAGGACCAAAGAGAAGAUGAAAAUUAUUUGCAUAUGGAGGAAUGGAGUAUAAUAAUUUUGGAAAUGGAGCAAGCUCAUCAAACUG